GCUUCAGCCAAUCAUCUGGCCUGUCUAAACACAAGCGCAGUCAUGUUAGGGAGAAGCUGUGUAAAUGUGGGGUCUGUGGAAAGGCAUUUGAUUUUCCCUGUGAGCUGGAAAUUCUUCAGCACCAUCACACUGGGGAGAGACUGUUCCUGUGUUCCGUGUGUGAGAAGGGUCUCCCAUUGUCAGCAUACUUGCUGCAACACCAGCGAGUUCACACUAGGGAGAGGCCGUUCACUUGCUCUGUUUGUGAGAAGGGCUUUACUAAUGUGUCCAACCUGCUGAGACACAAGCAGGUUCAUACUGAACUUACUCUACAUCAAUGCACUCACACUGGACAGAAGCCAUUCAUCUGCUUCAUGUGUCAGAAGAAGUUCACUCAAUCAUCUCGUCUUCGGUCACACCAGCAAGUUCAUACUGGGGAGAAACCAUAUGCCUGCUGCAAGUGUGAGAAGAAAUUUGCUCAUUCAUCCCAUCUGGUGAGACACCAGCGAUGUCACAAGUAG